AUGCAGUUCAAGUUCCACAGUGCACCGGCGCACGACAACAGCGUAGCGUGGUUGGGCGGAGCGCUGUGCGGGGCGGCGUGUGGGGCGGGCGGUGGGGCGGGCGGUGGUGCGGGUGGCUGGGUGGGCGACACGGCUCGCGGGCUGGCGCGGGACGCGUACACUCGCACUACGCGUCUGCGAGAUUGGCCGUGCUUGCUAUACAACACACCGCCGCAACACCCGCACUGGACGCUACAGUAG